AUGUGGGUGGCUGUGAGUCAAGCUCAAGCUUCGAGUCGAUCAGCAGUCACGGAUCUGAACCAAACCAAUAGAGCCGGCCUCGAGGUACUAGUACGGCUGCCAGUGCAAUCUUGCAACCAUUUAUUUCCUCCUGUCUUUGAAGAGUGCUCCGAGUUUGUAACGGACUCCCAUCCCAGAGUCGCCAUCUCCAACUUGAUUCGAAAAUUCCCCUCAAAGCAACGGUUAUUACAUAGGACUAACCGCGCACACUUAGACAGAAUGGCUCACUGGCACGGCGGCCGUUCAGGCCAAUGGCCCGAGUAUCCACCUACUAGUCACGAUGAAGGUGACCCAUCCAUGCACUCAUCACUGCCUCAGCCGGGGCAGUGGAACACAGUGCCGGCAAGCAGCCUCAGUCAUCCUGCGGGGAAUACCUUCCCCUUGCAGGAGCCCGCAGGUGAUAGCCAGCACCAGCCCGGCAUCAUAACGCCCGAUUCUUCCCACUCGCAAUAUCCUGCGGGGAAUACCUUCCCCUUGCAGGAGCCCGCAGGUGGUAGCCAGCACCAGCCUGGCAUCAUAACGCACGAAACUUCCCACUCACAAUAUCCUGUGGGUGGCAGCUACCAAACUUUGGAGCCGCAGUUACAGUUUCCUACAGGUCACGCGUUUCAGCAGGAAGCUUCCAACCAGUUUCACCACGGUACAUUCGACGUAGCUCAGACCACCCCCCAGGGACCAACUCUUCCCCAAACCUCCCAUUAUCUGACCUCGUUUAACCCGACUACAAGUCAGGGCAAUGUUGACUACGACUAUCGUAACCCGCAGUACGCAGCUACCAGCCUGCACGAGCCCGAGUACUCUAAUUACCAAACUAUGCACUCGCAGGGUCCCGCACACGUCAGCCACCAAAAUCUGCAGUUCGAACCGCAGUCUUCUAUGGUUGGCUCAUAUCAACCAUUCGUGAGCCAGGACUUUCAUGACAGCUCCGUACCCCAUCACACCUUCCAGUUCCCAACCGCUCUUCAUCCGACUGACCCGAGUACGAGUCAAGGGGCUCUAACUCAAUCGACUUUUCCGGCUUUUGGUGCUGACACGUCACACGACCGAGGCCACCCCCCUUCUUCUCGUCCUAAGGACUUGAUUAAAAUGCUGGUCGAGAAAAGACCGGUGCACCAGAGGGUUAAACGCGCACACCAAGAGAUACAAAUCAUGAGCUCUACUGCCCCCUCAGCGACGCGGUCCACUCGAAAAAACUCACCCUUGCAGAUCGACUCUUUGUUGGUUGACUACUUGAAGGAGGACUCCGCAACUAUGAUGAAUUCGUUACUAUUUCAGAAUUCCUUAUAUCCCGCUACAGAUGCGAUUGAUACGUUGGCAGAUAGAGCGCUUGACGAUGCGAUCGCCAAGCACAAGGACAAUGCGAAAGAACUUAAAAAGUGGAAGUCGAGGCAAGAAGGCCAAAGCACUCUUGGACGGCUGAAAGGGCUGGUUAAAAAGGUCCAUAGGGACUCCCAGGGCUGUGCUCGGGGAUUAGUGAUUGGAGUUUAUAACCUAUCCCUUCAAGUUCUAUUCAAGAACAUGGACGACGUUGUACCAUCACGCAAAUGGGACGCGUCAGUGUUGCUAUUGAAUGAUGAUUACCUUGACUCAAUCGUUCAGCGGAUCACGAACGAUGGGCAAGUCCAGUCAAUUCGCAUCCCAUUCGGGAACGCUGCCGUCAUUGGCACUGCAGAAUACAUACUGAUCGAUCAGGGGUAUCAUCGUUACAUAUUCCUCCAUGCGCCUGACUGGGAAGUUGCCCUCAAGAAUAUGUUUGCCCUCGCCGCAGCAAUCUGUGACUGGGUAAUACGGCGAUGUUCCAGGGAUGGCUUGUUCCAGAAUGCUGAUUUUCACAGUCUGGAAAGCGAGGUAUCCUAUUUGAGAAUGACAAAUCGGAUGGAAUCACUCGUCGGCAAUGACAAGGUCGAGUUUUACGGACUGUUAUUCUCCAUUCGGCUACCUCCUAACGUAACAGGCAUAGUACACGCCGGCAUACCCGAAGUGCUAGCUUCUGCAGCCCGAGCAAAUCAACGCCGUGGUCCGGAUCAAUCAUCCGACCUCUACCUCCCUCAUCCGUCUGACCAGGCCAGUGUACCUGAGCCAAUAGAGAACCCAUUGGACCUUCAGGGAUCUGGAGAAAACACUGUCCAUACCCGAGAUAAGGAAACCAUUAGAGCUGGAGGACAGAGAGAGUGA